AUGGAGCAACGACCAUCAGCUGCGCCCGCGGUCAAGCAAGCUGCCGACGCAAAGCGGACCCCGUCCCCUCCCCAAGUUGAGGACGGCGUCACCAAUACUCAGAUUCCAUUUAUCCCCCACAACUCCGAUGACGACAAUGACUCUGCUCUUGGGGACGACGAGAGCAUAGCGUCAUCGUCCGUCUCCCUCACGGACAGCAUUUUUGAGUAUCGUGCCCUCCAUGGCCGGACAUACCAAGUCUCCAAGUCGACGGAAUACUGGGGUCCCAACGAUGAGGAGCAGAAUGAGGGGUUGGAUCUAGCGCAUGCACUCAUCACAAUGCUCAUAGGCGACCGCCUCUUCGAAGCGCCGCUGGAGAGGGCGCCGACAAAAGUUCUCGACCUCGGCACGGGUACCGGCAUCUGGGCGCUCGACAUGGCCGACACGCACCCCGCGGCCACCAUUGUCGGCACCGACAUCAGCCCCAUCCAGCCCAGCUGGGUGCCCCCCAACUGCUCCUUCUACAUCGAGGACGCGCAGCUCGACUGGACCUUUGAGCCUGCCAGCUUCGACUUUGUCCACAUCCGCGCCAUGUACGGGAGCAUCGACGACUGGGGCCGCCUGUACAAGCAGGCCUACGACGCUCUCCAGCCCGGUGGAUGGAUCGAGAACUUUGAGUUCACCAUCCACCUGCACAGCGACGCGCCGCACGUCCGGGAUGACCCGUUGCACAUCUUCAAGCGUUGGGCCGCCGUCUUCUGCGAGGCCGCCGACCGGCUGAACCGGACGCUGCGCAUCGGCAACAACGGCACCAUCCGGCGGCUGCUCCAGGAAACGGGCUUCGAGAACGUCACGCAAAAGUACUACCAGGUGCCGGUCGGCUCCUGGAGCAGCGACCCGAUGUACCGGAAGAUUGGCCUUUACAAUCUUGCCUUUAUGGAGCAGAGCCUGGAAGGGUUCGCGCUGUUUCUGCUCCGCGACGUUAUGAAGUGGGACUAUGAGCAGGUGCAGCUUUUCCUGAUGGAGAUGCGCUCUGAAAUGAAGAAUACGAGAAUUCGACCCUUUUAUCUCAUGUAG